AGCGGCGCUACUGUUAUUCUCAGUCUGCGAAUCGUAAUAAACACCUGGUGGUGCCCCGAAACCGAAAGGAGAACGAGGAAUAUCUCGCGGGAGAAGGUGCGAAGGAAGUAGAGAGGGAAGGAGACGCGGCAUAGGAGGAGAAGGAGGAGAAGAGAUAAAACGUGGACGACGCAAAGGGGCUCAUUUCCGCGUGCCAUCGCCACACGGUGCUCGCUCAGGAUUCACGCGUUCGCAUAUGCCAGUUCGCAGCGGAGCAGCUUCGGCGGCCGGCAGCAGCGGAUCUGUGCGCGCAAGCGUGACACGGAAUUUACAGCAUGGCGGAGCGCAGGAAAAACAGGAAGCGCAAAGAUGAAGUAGCCAGUUUGGACACUAAGGUCGCCCAGGACAAACCGUCCAAGGAGGAAUAUGCGGUAGCCAAGUGGAUCCGUAACAACGUGCCGUCGAAGAAGACCAAGUUUGAUAGAACUCACAUUGUUGAGUACUUCACUGGGUCGCGUGCGAUCGACGCUCUAUUAGACAACUCACCUUGGACCACAGUGUUUGAAACUCGCGAGCAGGUCUCUCAGUUCCUGGACCUGAUGCUCAGGCACAAAUUCUUUCACCGAGCCAAGAAGGUGGUGAUCUCGGAAGAGGAGCUCAACAAAAUGCGGGGUAUUAAGAAGAAAACCAAGGAUACAAAGGAAGAUAAAAAGAGUACAGACAAGGAAGAGCCCAGGGAGAGCAAAGAAACCAUGGCUGUAGCCAAGGAUGAGAAGAACGAGGAGAAGUUUGACGAACGGAAGGAGCACAAGAAAAAGCCAAAAGUGAGACUAGAAAUGCACAUGGAACAGUACUUUGUGGAUUGCAACGAUGCAUAUGUGUGGCUGUACGAGCCGAUUCCCGUGUACUACUGGUUCUUUGGGACGCUUGUAGUCUUAGGUGCGAUAGGAGUUUGUCUCUUCCCGCUCUGGCCCCUGACCAUCCGUCAUGGAGUUUACUACCUAAGUGUCGCCGCCGCGGGAUUCCUCGUGUUUAUAUUAGCGCUGGCUAUUAUUAGAAUGAUUGUAUUCUGUCUUCUGUGGGUACCCACGCUGGGUAGAUGUCAUCUGUGGCUGCUACCCAACCUGACGGCCGACGUCGGCUUCUUUGCGUCCUUCUGGCCAUUAUAUCAGUACGAAUAUUAUGGUCCCACGUCGGACAGCGACAAGAAGAUUAGCAAAAAGAAGAGAAGGAAAGAGAAGGAUUCAGAUUCCGAGGAUGCGCCAUUAGUUCAAGAAGAGAGAGAACCUGUAACAACGGAAGCGUCAAACGAGGAGUUAUCUUUACCCGGCGAAGAGAGGAAAGGUUCAUCCGAUUCGGUUGAAGGAGAGGACGGCAGUGAGGAAGGUUCGGAAAGUGAAAAAUCUAAUACAAGUCGUGAUUUCGUUAUGGUUUAGAAGCAUGAAAAUUCGGCAGUAGAUAGCUGUUUCAUGUUUGCUGGGGCAAACAGCUGUAUUAAUUGUCGCAUUAAUCAUCAUUUGAAACAAUCAAUACAUGCUUGCGGGUAUGUUAAUCUGAGCGUCGAAGUUUGACGCGCGAUUCUGAGAAGCCCGACUGUAGCAGAUUCUCCACAUUUAUUGCAUUUAAGAGUACGAUCAUGAAACGAGUGAGAGAAAUCACUUGUGACUUUUACAAGGAGAGAAUUUCCCCGGGGCGAAUGUAAAGUAUUGUCUCGAAAAAAAAAGCGUAAACGUGAUAUAAGGCAUAUUUUAUUCUAUACAUAUAUAGAUAUCUAUACAAGAGCAUAUGUGUGUAAUAUGAGGAAAUCAUAUUAGGCGUAAUUUCGUUAUCAGUUUCUGUUGAAUAAAUUUUGGGUACUGUUCGAAGUCUUCAAUCUCUCUUAAUGCGAUCAAUGUCUACCGACAAUGUAGUUAAUUAAUGCGCACCGAGUUCUCUCUGUCUCUCUCUCUUUCUCUGUUAGAUGUAAAUCUUGGAACCUAGGGAGAACUGAUUUAGCUGGAAGAGAAGGAAUCUUUACGGGUAUAUACAGAACUUGACGUUUUCUUCGUUGUUUGGCGAUUUAGCGCGAGUUCCUUUUUAGCAGAAAUUAGGCCCGAUUUUACAAAUGGAUAUAUAUUCCGGGUUUAAUACAGAUAAUUUAUAUUUUUAUGUGAAAUUUCCAAUGAUUAUUGUUAUUAUUAUUACUAUUACUAUAUUAUUAUAUUAUUACUUUUAUGAUUAUAUCAGGAUCUGUAGGUCUUGUGGACGUUCGUGACUUUAUCUACAUGGAAAUAAAAAUAAAACGUUAUGUAUCUA